UACAUCCAGUGCAUGCACGAGGUGCACACCUUCGUCUCCAGCUGCCCCGGCAUCGAUGCCGCCACGGCCGCGGAGCUGCUCAACCACCUGCUGGAGUCCAUGCCCCUCAGCCAGGGCAGCUGCCCGGACUCGGUGACGGACGCUUUGGCAGAUGCCGCCCUCGGGCCCUGGCCAGGCAGCGAGGCGGUGACCCCCGAAGCCUCCCUGGGGGCCCUGGCCCUCCCCGCCCUGGCAGCCUCGCCUGCUCCCAGCGAGGAAACCUGCUCCGACUCGGACGAGGCGGAGGCCGAGCCGGGCCAGACCUCCCCCGCUGGACUGGCCGCUGCCCCGGGGCACAGCCUGCCUUCCCCCGGCCUGCCCAAAUCCAUGUGGAGACCUUGGUAA